AAGAAGGGGGGGGGGGGGAAAGACGAGUAGGAACUCGAAAGAGCACGAAAUUUGAGCUCGCGGAGAGAGAGAGAGAGAGAGAAGAGGCCCCUGAAUUCAGGGAAUUUAAGGGGCGCCAUUCGUACCUUUCUGGUGCGCACAGUCGCUUGGCACGCGGAGCGGAGAGGGAGGAGAGGGAGGAGCUCGACCGCCGGCCCAUUAAGGAUCGUAUAAUUUCCUUCCUCCCCUUUCUUUCUUUCUUUUCUCGGCUUCUUUUGUUUAUUCGGGUCCGUUUCAUCUUUUGCAUCAGACGACUUCGUAUCGUCAUCGUCACGGUCAUGGCCGUGCGCUGUUUUUUCAGUUUCGGUUGCUCGCUUUCUCUCUCUCUCUCUCUCUCUCUCUCUCUCUCUCUUUUCUAGUUUCGAAGCGUGAGUUGGGCAAUUUUUAAUCCCUUUCUUUUCCCUCCUCUUCCCCUCUCUUUGCUUUCAGCACACGUUACACAGUCUUACCUUCUUCUUCUCGCGGCCCCCCCACCCACCCUUUUCUUUAGAGCGGCUUUCUCCUUCGCUCCUCUCUCUUCCUUGGCCUAUAUAAAACGCGGGCGCGCACCCACCUUCCUCUUAUCUGCUCACAGCUGAGUGACGACGACCCGAGUUCAGUGCUGAAGAGAGAACAGAGCGAGCGAGAGAGAGAGAGAGAGACGGUAACAAGCGCAGAGAGACGCGCAUUGAUUGCGAUGGCGACGGUGGUGGUGAGAGAGUACGACCCGGAAAAGGACCGGGUGAAGGUGGAUGCCGUGGAGAGAGAAUGCGAGGUCGGGCCCAGCGGGGAGCUCUCCCUCUACACCGACCACAUGGGCGACCCGAUUUGCAGGGUCCGGAACUGCCCCGCCUUCCUCAUGCUGGUGGCGGAGAUGGGUGAGGAAAAAGAGAUAGUGGGGAUGAUCAGGGGUUGCAUCAAGACCGUUACAUGCGGCAAGAGGCUGUGCAGAAAUAGCAAAAACAUCAUCAACAGCAACAACGCCAAGGCCAGCACCACCAACAACAACAACGCUAACGCUUCUUCGCUCGACUCCCGUAUUCCCACCAAGCAAGUCCCGGUCUACACCAAGGUCGGCUACAUACUGGGCCUGCGUGUCCCUUCUACUCACAGGAGGAUGGGGAUAGCGUCCAAACUGGUGGAGAGAAUGGAGGAGUGGGUGAGGGAGAGCGGCGGCGAGUACUGCUACAUGGCCACCGAGAACGACAACGUCGCCUCCGUCAAGCUCUUCACCGCCAAAUGCGGCUACUCCAAGUUCCGCACUCCCUCCAUCCUCGUCAACCCCGUCUUCGCCCACCACCUCCGCGUCCCCCGCCGGGUCGCCGUCCUCAAGCUCUGCCCCCGCGACGCCGAGCUCCUCUACCGCCUCCGCUUCUCCACGUCCGAGUUCUUCCCGCGCGACAUCGACGCCGUCCUCAACAACAAGCUCACCCUCGGCACCUUCCUCGCCGUCCCCCGCGGCGAAAGCGGCGGCGGCGGCGGGGACCGGCCCUGGGGCGGGGUGGCCGAGUUCCUGGCGGACCCGCCGGAGUCGUGGGCGGUGGUGAGCGUGUGGAACCUGCGGGACGUGUACAAGCUGGAGGUGCGGGGCGCGUCCGCGGCGAAGCGGGCGCUGGCGAGGGCGUCGCGGGCGGUGGACAGGGCGCUGCCCUGGCUGGGGCUGCCGUCGUUCCCGGAGCUGUUCAGGCCGUUCGGGGCCCACUUCCUGUACGGGCUGGGCGGGGAGGGGCCGCGCGCGGGGGAGAUGGUGCGGGCCCUCUGCGCGCACGCGCACAACCUGGCCAAGGACCACGGCUGCGACGUGGUGGCGACGGAGGUGGCGAGCCGGGAGCCGCUCCGGCCGGCGAUCCCGCACUGGAAGCGGCUGUCGUGCGACGAGGACCUGUGGUGCAUCAAGCGGCUCGGGGAGGACUACAGUGACGGGUCUGUCGGUGACUGGACCAAGUCACCGCCGGGGCUUUCCAUUUUUGUUGACCCCAGGGAGGUCUGACGAGCGAAGACCCAAGAGAGCGGCAAGACUUUCAAGAACCUCUCUUCUUCUUCUUUUUUUUUUUUUAAAUUUCUUCUCUUCCUUUUUUUCCUUUCUUUUUUCUUUCUUAAAUUAGGAGGAGAUAAAGAGCAAUUUUAGAGGAGAGAAAAGGGAAACCCUUUUUAAAAAAAAUAUAUAUAUAUUUUGUGGGCUCUUUUUCUUUUUCUUUUUCUUUUUUCCAUCUAGUGUAGGUUGUAGUAGCCAUUUUGGAGAAGAGGACAGAAUGAAAAAGAAGAGGGGGGGAAUGAGAAUGGAGAAAGAUUAUGAGGGGUGGGUUUUUGUUGUAAAUGGGUGCCGAAGAAGAAUAUCCUAAUUCCUUACUCUCUUUGUUAUAAUCCCUUUGUUUUCUUGCUUUAAUUAAACUAUCUUCGCUUUAGUUCUUGAUC